GCGGGAGCUGAAGGUCACAGCUGGAGGACCGUCAUCACCGCGAUCACCGAUACUGAUAAUGAUUAUCGAUUGACUGGUCGGAUUCCUCAGCUGCACGAGGAGCAGUGGCCCGCCGUGAGACAGACGAUCAGCUGCUGCAUCCCCGUCUGUCUGUCUGUCUGUCUAUCUGCUGCCUGUCUGUCCGCCUCCAUCACCAGCCUCCACCUGUCUCUCCGCCCGUCGCUCCGCCAUGGGGAACCGGGGGAUGGAGGAGCUGAUCCCGCUGGUGAACCGGCUCCAGGACGCCUUCUCCUCCAUCGGCCAGAACGCCAGUCUCGACCUGCCGCAGAUCGCAGUGGUGGGCGGGCAGAGCGCCGGGAAGAGCUCGGUGCUGGAGAACUUCGUGGGCAAAGACUUCCUCCCUCGUGGUUCAGGUAUCGUCACCCGGCGCCCCCUGGUGCUGCAGCUCAUCACCUGUUCCACAGAGUACGCUGAGUUCCUGCACUGCAAAGGGAAGAAGUUCACAGACUUUGAUGAAGUUCGUCAGGAGAUCGAGGCCGAGACGGAUCGAGUGACUGGACACAACAAGGGGAUCAGUCCAGUCCCCAUCAACCUGAGAGUCUACUCCCCCAAUGUGUUGAACCUGACUCUGGUGGAUCUUCCUGGGAUGACUAAGGUCCCGGUGGGGGACCAGCCGGCCGACAUCGAGCACCAGAUCAGAGAAAUGUUGAUGCAGUUUGUCACCAAGGACAACUGCCUCCUAUUGGCUGUUUCUCCCGCCAACUCUGACCUCGCCAACUCUGAUGCUCUGAAGAUCGCCAAGGAAGUUGACCCGCAAGGUCUGAGGACCAUCGGUGUGAUCACCAAACUGGAUCUGAUGGAUGAAGGAACUGAUGCCAGGGACAUCCUGGAGAACAAGCUGCUGCCGCUCCGCAGAGGUUACAUCGGGGUGGUGAAUCGCAGUCAGAAGGACAUCGACGGGAAGAAGGACAUCAAUGCAGCACUGCAGGCCGAGAGGAAGUUCUUCCUGUCUCACCCGGCAUACCGACACCUGGCCGACCGCAUGGGAACCGCCUUCCUGCAGAAAAUCCUCAACCAGCAACUUACCAACCACAUCCGGGACACGUUGCCAGGGUUACGCAGCAAAUUGCAGAGCCAACUGCUGUCCAUUGAGAAGGAGGUGGAGGAGUACAAGAACUUCAGACCUGACGACCCAAGCCGCAAGACCAAGGCUCUGCUGCAGAUGGUGCAGCAGUUUGCAGUGGACUUUGAGAAGCGGAUCGAAGGAUCUGGAGAUCAGGUCGACACCUACGAGCUGUCGGGAGGAGCCAAGAUCAACCGGAUCUUCCACGAACGCUUCCCAUUCGAUCUGGUCAAGUUGGAGGGUGAUGAGAAGACCCUUCGUAAAGAGAUCAGCUACGCCAUCAAGAACAUCCAUGGAAUCAGGACGGGUCUGUUUACACCUGACAUGGCGUUUGAGACGAUCGUGAAGCGUCAGAUCGCUCAGAUCAAAGAGCCGUGUCAGAAAUGUGUCGACAUGGUGAUCAGUGAGCUGGUGAACACCGUCAGGCAGUGUACACAAAAGUUGGCUCAAUAUCCGAUGCUCAGAGAGGAGAUGGAGAGAAUUGUCACUCAGCACAUCAGAGACCGAGAGAGUCGCACCAAAAACCAGGUGAUGCUGUUGAUUGACAUUGAGCUGGCCUACAUGAACACUAACCAUGAAGACUUCAUCGGCUUCGCAAACGCUCAGCAGAAGAGCAGUCAGAUGCACAAGAAGAAAGCAGCAGGAAACCAGGACGAGAUCAUGGUGAUCCGUAAAGGUUGGCUCACCAUCAACAACAUCGGCAUCAUGAAGGGCGGAGCUAAAGAGUACUGGUUUGUCCUGACUGCAGAGACGCUGUCCUGGUACAAAGAUGACGAGGAGAAGGAGAAGAAGUACAUGCUUCCUGUGGACAACCUGAAACUGAAAGACAUUGAGAAAAGCUUCAUGUCCAGCAAACACAUCUUCGCUCUGUUCAACACUGAGCACAGGAAUGUGUAUAAGGACUACCGUCAGCUGGAGCUGGCCAGUGAGUCUCAGGAGGAGGUGGACAGCUGGAAGGCUUCUUUCCUACGAGCCGGAGUGUACCCUGAACGCAGCGUGGACAAAGAGAAGGUGGAGGUGGAGGAGUCGAGCGGCGAUGGGCAGAUCCACAGUCUGGACCCACAGCUGGAGCGACAGGUGGAGAUCGUCAGGAACCUGGUGGAUUCCUACUUGUCCAUCAUCCACCGCACCGUCAGAGACCUGAUCCCCAAGACCAUCAUGCACCUGAUGGUCAACAACACGAAGGAGUUCAUCCAUGCCGACCUCCUCGCUCAGCUCUACUCCUGUGGAGACCAGAACUCCCUGAUGGAGGAGUCCCAGGAACAGGCUCAGCACCGUGAUGAGAUGUUGAGGAUGUACCACGCUCUGCGCGAAGGCCUCAACAUCAUCGGUGACAUCAGCACCUCCACCAUCACGACAGCGAUGCCUCCACCUGUCGACGACUCCUGGCUGCAGGUGACGGGGAUGCCGUCGGGACGCAGGUCUCCCAUGUCCAGUCCGACCCCCCAGCGUCGGGCCCCUCCUGGACCCCCUCGUCCAGGCGGUCGUGCAGCCCCAGGGCCCCCCUCUCGUCCCGCAGUGUCACCUGACCCUGGACCCCCUCCCUCUGUCCCCUCCCGGCCCAACAGAGCACCCCCACCUGGAGUCCCCAGAAUCUCUAUCAGUGACCAGUGAGGAGUUCACCAAUGUCGUCCCAGUAAAGGUAGCCCCGCCCACGGAGAGAGCCCCCAGUCUUCUAUUGAGGGUUAACCUGGUCCAGUGUUUGGGUCUCUACUGAUGAUGCUGUGUUACUCUGAACCUUACUAGGAAUAAUGAUAUUGAUUAUCAGUAUAUUAUCAAUAUAUAGCAACUGAUCAGCAAAGUACUACUGCAAUAUGAGUGUGUUAAUAUGUCGUCCAGCUGUCUGUCUGCUGUCAGGAGGGUGAGACAGGUCAGCUGCCUGUCUGUCUGUGACAGUCAUGUGACCAUAAGCUGACAUCAGGUUUAUAAAGUACUGUAGAGAUGUCUCACUCCCCUCUGAAUGUUCAGACCUGCAAAGACAACUAGCCUGUUAGCUAGCCUGUUAGCUAACUGCAUCAUCACAUGGAGUUUAUUUUUCUUUACAGUGUAAAGUUUAUAUAUUGUUUGAACUUAUGUAUUUAUUGAUCUAUUUAUUGAUUUAUUGAUCAUCUGUGAGCCUUUUAUUGAUGUUUCAGAAAAUACUGAAUCCAGUUCCAAGAUUCUACUCUGUUCUACUCUCAAGUAUUAGGUUCUAAUGUUGUCUGUUCUGUUGUUAGAUUCUACUGAACUACUAUCUGAAUGAACCAUUUCCACCUGGUUCUAACUGGUUCCAGCUGGUUUUCAAACCAAUGGACAGAAUUAGCAUCAAGCUACCAAAAACAACAAAUAUUCACCAGCUUCACUUUUUACUUUUUGUCAUUUCCUAACAAAUUUUUUGUGUGUUUCCUGAGAAGAAUCAUAAUAUAAAUAAAAUAUAAAUAUAAAUAUAACAUUAAUUAGGGUUUAAUGAAGUAAACAAACCUGUAGCUGGUGAUCUCCAGUGUUGUGAACGUUAAUGAAGAUCAACUUUAUUUUAUAAUUCUGGUGUAAAAACAUUUGUAGCAAUAGAAGUGUCUCAUAUCCAGUGUGUUAUUGAUCCAGACCUCAGGUGUGAUGAGGUGUGAUCAGGAGUUUACCUGCUGACUGAACCACAGACUAUAUGACUCUCUACCUACUGAUGUGUGUAUCUCACCUGUGUGUAGUUCCUGUCGUGGUGUCUCUGUAGAGUUAGUGGAGCUUCGAGCUGCGUUCAACACGUCAGGUGUUAGCGUGUGUUUGUGGCUGUGACGUGUCCUCAUGUUCAGAUUAUCGUCAGCAUGGUCGUUCAGCUGUUUAAAGGUGUUGUGUGAUUUUGAACGUCGUGGCUGUUGAACGCAGCUCGGCCUCACGAUCCUGUGAUGUGGAUAGUUCACUCUGUAUGGUAUUAAUAUAAAUGUACUGUUUACACACUAUAUGAAAUGAUGAUGUACCAUGUUAAUGUGAGAACAUAUAUAUAGAUCUCUGAAUCUGAAAUAUGCAGCGGCCCACACUGUAGUGUGUGUGUGUGUGUGUGUGUGUGUCUGUGUGUGUUUGUGUGUGUGUAUCUUAGUGUCAUGUGAUCAGGGCCAACAGGAAUAAA